AUGGGAGGUCAGAGUUCAAAGUUCAAUGUCCGAGGAACGUGGCAAGAAACGUGAAGACAUCUCAAAACGGUGAUUUUUACUUUCCUUAAAAACUUUUGAGACUUUACAACAUGUGACUCGGAAGACGAGAAAGGAAACUCAGCUUUUGAAAUGGGUGUUGCCAGAUAUAUACAAAGCUAGAUUCUUUUCCAAAACCAUGUACAGACAUCAGCAGUUUCAAACUAUACCCAGUACUUCUUCAUCAGAGCAUUACGCUUUCCCAGAUCUACCAGACUGGAAUUCAACCUUUGAACAUUGCCAUACAUCUAGGACAACACAAAAUAACUGCGUUUAACAUCCCAGUGCCCUAAGCAAGAUGGGUAAAGGGACGAGGACCAGUGUUACCAGGGCUAAAGUCGGUAGACACUCCACUAUAAAGGAGGUGCUUGUUGAAUGUGCCAAGACUCUGGGGCUGGUGCUGUUCUAUUACUGCUUCUCCAUCUCUAUAACAUUCUACAACAAAGCUGUGCUGAAGGGCUUUCACUACCCCCUGUCCAUGACGAUGAACCAUUUUGCGACCAACUUUGUGGCAGCAGGAGUAGUGAGGAAGAUAAUGGAGGUGUACACAGGAGAGAAACGUGUCACACUGAGCUGGAAACAGUACAUUAAAAGAGUAGGACUCACAGGGAUUGCAAGUUCCCUGGACAUUGGCUUGUCCAACUGGAGUUUCCUGUACAUAACUGUUUCUUUAUAUACCAUGUCAAAAUCAACUUGUAUCAUCUUUAUACUGGGGUUUGCUAUUCUUCUUAAGCUUGAAAAGCCGAGAUGUUCGUUAGUGGUAGUAAUCCUGUUGAUAGCAAGUGGCCUGUUCAUGUUCACGUACAAGUCCACACACUUCAACCUGGAGGGGUUCAUCCUGGUCAUGACAGCCUCCGUUCUGGGGGGCCUGAGAUGGACCCUCACACAAAUACUCACACAAAAGCAGGAAAUAGGUCUCCAUAACCCAGUAGAUGUGAUCUACCACCUGACUCCUGUCAUGAUGGUGGGACUGUUCCCUCUCAUGGUCUAUAAUGAAGGCUUGUCCAUCUCCAUAGAGAAGCAGCUGUUCAGAUAUCACAGUGUGCACAUCCUGAUGAUGACAGUAGGGAAGGUCAUGCUGGGAGCCAUGCUGGCCUUCAUGUUGGGACUGUCCGAGUUCCUCCUCCUCCAUCAUACCUCAAGCCUCACACUGUCUGUGUCAGGGAUCUUUAAGGAAAUCUGGACACUGUUGAUCGACCAUUUCAUGAAUGGUACAGAGCUGGCUCCUGUAAAUAUCUUUGGCUGUAUUGUCUGUAUAGCAGGGAUCACCCUACAUGUGGUCUUGAAAGCCACACACUCAAAAGGAGGUACAAAGGCUUCUGAAGAGACCAUGGAGAGUGCUAACAGUCUGGAGAUGUUGAUAGUGAACGGAGAUGCCAACCCAGGAUCAGAUGAAGAGGAGGAGGUUAUCUACGCACACAGAUAGUGAUCAGCCAUUACUGUAGAUUCAUUUACUUUUGCUGCAUUUUUUAAAACUUUGCGGUAGGAGGGUUUUGCCAUGUUUUAGAUUUACGGUUGAAACAAUUUCAAAUGUCACACAAGAGAGUUUGUGGUGUCAUGUAUUUGUGGAGAGAGGUCACUGAGAAAAAUGCAAAAAUAAAACUACCGCAAAAGUUUAAAGAUUUACAGUAACUCUCCUGUGCCAUUCUGACAGUAGUGGCAAAAUCAGCAAACUUGUUGCUACUCCUUUACUCAUCAAAUAUUACAGCAACAUGUUGAAAAAAAGAUUUGUGCAAGCUAUAGAAAAGACAUCUGCCUAUGGAGAAGUAAGGAAUUAAAGAAGAAAGAAUGUAUACGUAAAAUACAUGUACAGAUAUAUAGAGAUUGUAGGAAUUGCCAGAGAAAUGCAAGAUAGUCCAACUUGAUUAAUGCUGCUACAUUCCAUGUAUAUCUUACAACAAACACGACACAUCCUGUUCUUUCAUGCUGACUUUUACUAAUGGAAAACAGGAGACCUUUUGCUGACAGUUGUAUGUGAGAGCCCUGCAAAGUAAAGCCCAUUCCAACUGAUCUAUGUUGUAUAAAGUUUGUGCUGAAACAAAGGAAAUUAUCGUGCUCAGAUGCCAGGACACACAGUUUUUACCUCAUGUGCUUACUCAGAUGCCAAUCUAUGUCCCUUGCCUUUUGGGUCCACUCAAAAACAAGGGUAUGGUCAGAGAUUUUUUUGCUAGGGACGGUCGGGUAACCAGGAACACAAAUUUUGUCCUGGGCCUUGGUAGAUUGGCCACCCCAUAAAUGGCAUAAUUGGCAGAAACACUCUGCAAACAUCUUAACACUAACAACUUUUAUAGAACCAAAGAUGUGGAAAACAUAGUACAUAAUUUUAUGUACUUGUACUGCACUCUUCACUGUACCAUCUCCUGUAUAUUAUCAUCUGUCUGUGGUGAAGGUCAGUUGGUCCAGAAGAGAACUGAACUUGGGAUUUUCAAAAUGUCAGGUAAUAUCCUGCUUAUUAGAAAAUUGAUGACAUUAUUUUAUUCACCGCUAAAUGAUGUAUUGGGCUAACUUUGGAAUGCAAUUCUCCAGUGAAACAUAUACGUUUGAUGUAUUACUUUAUCUAUUAUUAAGUACAGAAUUCACCAAGUGGCUGAUAUGAUUACAGUCACUGUGACAUGUCUAGAGUUUUACUCAUGUUUGCCAUGAACUGUAGGUUUGUUUGUUUGUUUCUGGUUAUGAUGACUUCCUCUGGGCAAUCCAAACUGAUAUGUGCAACAUGAAAGUUGGGGGUAUAAAGAUUUAUGAAAGGUAUUAUGAAAUCUAAUUGGCCAGGAAGGAUUACCAAAUGACUGAACACACAUAGUGCGGUAGGUCUAUACCAAACCAUAAAUUCUUCAUUUUCGUCCUUUCCCAUCGUUUUCUUGGAAUUUCAUCAGUAUCCAUUUCCUGAUUUUGUUUUCAGUGUAUGCCUUAGAUUUCCUUGUAUGAUUUACAGUUUGGUCGCAAAUGUUUUUGGACAAAAAUUGAAGUGUGUGCAUGGGCAUCAUCCAUGUAAUGAAGUCAGUGUGGCCUUAUAUUCCCUUUAAUUUUCUCAUACAUAUCCUUUCUAAUACAUGGUAGAAGUAAACCAUACUUCUUUCUGUUAUACAACAUGAACAGCUCUUGUGCAAUGAAAAUAUGAUGUACAAUGUAAAAAGAUAUAUUACUUAUAAUUAGAUUAUUUUAGUCCUUGAUAGAGCUUUCAAGAUUCCAUGUACCAUCACACACUAGCCGUGUUUUAUGUGAAAGUGUUUCUGUGCAUAUAAAUGUCUACUGUAAUAUUCCAUAAAAGUGUUGAAUUGUUGAUGCAAUGUAUAAAUCAAAGUGCUAAUAUUUCUACGUAAAUAUUAUUAGUAUUGCAAGUUGUACAAUACUAUAUAGACUCUUUUAUAAUUAAUGGAAAAUAGGCAUUUGAAUUAAAA